AUGUCGCUACUUAUUAUAGCGACAGAAGAAGUCUCGCUGUCACUCCAAAGCUUUAAGAAGGUGAGUUUUAAUGAAUUUUAUAUCUUUUUGAUAUAAAAUAUGUGUAUGGCUAAAUUUCUCUUGUACUCAUUUAAUUUUCUUUCCAUCGUUAUUUUAGUGACAUCAUUACCAUAUUGAAUGAAGAUUAUAUGAUCUCAAAUGUUCAACCCUCAAAGUGUGGCUAACAAUUUGGAAAUUACCAACUUCUAUGUUGACAGCAGCAAUAUCAACAAUAUGAAGUCAGCGUACGAGUAUUAGAUCCCAACCAUACAUUGUGAACUGUCAGUCAUUACAGUGAAAUUACAAGAGAACUACGCAACGCUCAUGGCCAAGAUUAACUUAAAUGUGUGAUCUGAACUGAGGGAAAAGAGAAGAAAAACAUAUUGCGAUGAAGCCACGAUCAUCAUUCAACCAACAAGAAACGAAAAUACAUGGCAAGAAAUAAACAUUUGAAAUGACCGCGUAGACUGGUUAUCGACUGUCACCUCCUGAUAUAAAAAAGACAAAAGCUAUAGACUAUACUAAUAUGUGAACUGUUUCUUUGGCAAACUAACGUUAAUAAUAUCUUGUCUCGCGAAGAUUCAUGUAAACCUGAUUACAGACAUUAAAUAGCGAAAUACUGAAUUGUAUCUCUCAUCAGUUCAACAUUUUGUUCGCUUACAGCAUUGUUAAUAGAAACAUGAGCCGUCCACAACUCGUAUGAAACGGGAGGCUACAACCAAAGAUCAGGGAUUAUAAUAGUAUUAGCCUUAGCGCCUGUUUACAUGGAGGUAGGGUGACCCUUUUAAGAGGGUUACCCUAGCAAGCGGGUCACCCUAGUCUAAUGUGUUUUAUAGAUGCGUUUACAUGCGCGCUAGGGUUACUCUAGGGGUAGGGUUACCCUAUCAAACAGAUAGGGUGACUCUAGCAGCAGGGCUAUCUUUUUGUUUACAUAAGCCAAGAAAAUGCGUCAGGUAGGGUGAUCCUAGCAACACGUCAUGUUUUAUACAUCCUACUGUGACUGCUAGACAAACAACGAUGGCGUCGCAAGAUUAUGCAUAUCAGCCUGGUGAGUAUUUUAAACAACACCAGAAAAAAUAAAACGGAUAAGCAAUCUACACAUAAGGAAGCAGAGAACGAAGCUUUGCCUUUGGACGAGAAUGCUGCGUUUCAGCGCCAUGUUUCUAAUACACAUGGCUUAGCGACCAUGCAUAGGUAGGGUUACCCUAUCGGGCGACACAGCCCUAGCAGUAGGGUAACCCUACCUCAUGUAGACGAUCGGUAUUUUCUGACCCGCUUGCCAGGGUAACCCUCCUGAUAGGGUCACCCUACCUCCAUGUAAACAGGCCCUUCGGCCAUGUAAUUUCGCACGACUCACACCAGGCAAAUGUUCUUCUGAUCUGCAACGCAAUCCUGUAGCUAAGAAAGUGGUGCUGAAAUUCUGCAAAUGAAAUAUGUAACUGUAACUGAUACAGUUCUUGCAGUCUCUUUUUCAAUUUGAAACUUUACACUAUCCUUGGAUCCCUAGUUAUAGGCAAUGAUGAUCUAUAGUCUACAUGCUUUGUAUGCUGUUUUGGUAACUAGGUCUUCUGCCUGUCAUGGUUUUACACAGGUUCCAGGGAAUACUGGUGGAUUUUACCAUAUGGUGUGCAGACAUGGGGUACUGCAAUACAAUAAAUUACCUGUAAUAUUAUACCACACAGAUAUAAUAUACUGUAGCUUGUCCAAUCAAGAAUUUAGGUGCAAUGCAUAGUAGGUUUCAGCGAAUUACAUACAUGCCCCGGGAAAUUCAUAAUUAUAGCCAUUUUUCUGCCUUAGCAAAGUCGUGGGGAUAAAUGGUGAUAAAUAAAUGUUGAACAUGUUAGAUAUCCAGACAUCCACGUGUUUAAUUUUUUUACACUUUUUUUACACUGUAGAUCACCGUGGCUUCAAAAUUUUUACUGCUGCAAGAGUCAGUGAGAGAUGCCGCAGAUCUUUAUCUCUCCCUAAAGUAUCCCCCUCAUCUUUUUGUUUUGGAUACUCCGUGUGGUUUCUCUCGUCAUGUUAAUUUAAGAGAGCCCGACCUAGCUGCCAAGUUUUGGGGUGAUACCCUUGGUUCUAUUGAGAAACCUUUGCUUGAAAUGCAACCAAAUCAG